AUGUGUCUACCUCUGUUUUUUGGUAAACGGGACUGGGACAAGCCGUAUAGGAAAGACCCCGAGGGUCGGUACGGACAUGUGUACUGUCCCAAUUGCCGUAAUUUCAGCGUAGGUCCUGUGUGCAGGCGGGAGUUCGUUACUCUGUGUAUGGUUCCGUUGAUCCCUCUGUACUGGGGCCAGCAGUUGCGGUGUGGUGUUUGCAACUGGAGACAGGACUUCAAGAAUACGGAGCAGUUAGAGAAGGUUUUGGUGGAACAGACGAGGCUUCGUGGUGGAGGGAUUUGA